GACAUGCUGCAGAAUGGAUCUUGCACCAAAGGGAUUUAAAUAAGAUGUUUUUUUGUGGAGAUAAAUACCAAAUGAAAACUUUGAGCCAUGUUUAAGGCAGAAAGUUACCUGACAGACGGAGGGCUGGGUCUGUACACGCGACGUCUGCACCGCCUCCACGACCUCUCCAACAUGUCCGCCGUGAGAGAGACAUUGCACCACAACUCCAUGGGACAGGGAGACGCAGACAGUUGGGACGACAGCAGUUCUGUGAGCAGUGGAGUCAGUGACAACAUCGACACAGACGACAUCAACACGAGCUCGUCCAUCUCCUCCUAUAACAACACCCCUCACACACAGAGGAAACAUCUCAGCUCUCAGCCGGUGACAGAUGCAGAGAAGCGUGUGGCCUCUUCAGGACAGUGGACCUCAGACUCUGGACCAGACCUGGACCAAAGCUCCAGAGGUCCAGGGAGAAAGACCCAGGGAUCAGCCCAGACCGUGGCCCAGACCGGCUCCUGGAGGCGUGGCAUGAGCGCACAGAUUGGAGUCACUUCCCCCAGAACCAAGACCAAUAGCACCAGCUCUACAGCCAGCAAUGGGAACAGCGCCAGCAAGGGACAACACACAGCUAAAACUGACGAUGUGAAAGUGUCAGAGAGGAGCAGCGUGUCUUCUUCCUCUGAGGUGGAUGAACUCAAAAAGACUUCGCUCUGUUCAAAUCGGAGCUCUGCAAACGUGCCCAUGAGCCAGACACUUCCAGAGCCUCCGUCUAGCACGCUUUCAUCCCGAACCUCAAACUCGGGCUCCUCUUUCGGGUUCAAAAAGUCCGGCACCCUGGUCACAGCCAGUGGAGCCACCAUCACCAGCGGGUCAGCCACACUCGGGAAGCUGCCCAAGUCUGGAAACAGGUCUCUCACUGCAGGGGGAGGUCUGAAGUCCGGACAGGAAGUGGGUGGUUCCCUUGGUCACCAUGACGACACCUUCUUACCCAUGAGCGCUCGGGGCACACUGCAGUACCGCAGUCUGCCAAGGCCGGGUCGUUCCGGAGCAGCCGCCAGGAAUGGAAACCGUUCAUCCACCAGCAGCAUCGAGGCAGCCGUGCUCUCAGUGACCAAUAAGAACAGUCCCCUCGGCAAACUGACCAAUCAGACGGACCGAGAGAAGGGGGCGGAGCCUGCAGCAGGAAAUGUGGGCGGGAGACAGCAGAUGUCCUCGCCCACGUUACGCAGAUUGUUUGGAGGAAAGCCCAGUAAACAAGCUCCAGUGACGACAGCCGAAAACAUGAAGAAUUCUACAGUAAUUUCCAACCCCCACGCCAACAACACAGAGAGUAACCAUGGAGACAGCGAACAGGCGUCUACCCCAGGCUCCGUGUACUCCUCUGGCCCCUCUGGCAGUUUAACCUGGGGCUCCUCCGCAAACACCUCCAGGGACGGGACCCUCAGCUCUGGGUACGGCCCAAGCAGAGAGGGGACCCUCAGCUCUGGGUACGGCCCGAGCAGAGAUGGGACCCUAAGCUCCAUGGGUGCCAGCAGAGAGGGAACCCUGAGCUCCACCGGCCCCAGCAGAGAAGGCCUUUUGGGGGCGGGUGGGUCAGAGAGCAUGGGGUACCCCUCCGUCAGCAGCAUGCACACCAGCAGUGAGUCCAUCGACAUGAGUGUGAGCAGCGCCCCGUAUCAGCGCGACGACACAACCGCACUGGGACGAACAGGCAGCACCAAGGCCGGCAUGUCCGACAGGUAUGGUCCUGCCCCUCAGCUCAGAGGUCCAGAUGAGGCGCGUGAUUGGCUUAGGUCUCACUCCGUCAGCGGACUUCAGGACUCUGUUGGUUCCUCCCCCUUUUCCCCUGGGUCCAGCCUCACCUCCCCUUCAGGAACAAGGUUCAACUUUGCCUCCAGUCCGACCUCCGCAGCACAAAUGAGCCUGACUGGUCUCAGGACCAACAGCCUGACGCAGGACUCUCUGGACCAGUCCGACUCCAGGCUCCAAUCUGACUCCAGGCUCCAGUCCGACUCCAGGCUCCAGACUGAGUCCAGGCUCCGAACCUCCUGCAUGUCUUUGGACGAUAAGACCCGGACUAUGAGCCGCUCUGGAUCCUUCAGGGACGGCUUUGAGGAAGUCCAUGGCUCCUCUCUGUCUCUGGUCUCCAGCACCUCCUCCAUCUACUCCACGAAUGAAGAGAAAUCUCAGUCGGAGAUUCGCAAACUGCGUCGGGAGCUGGAUGCGUCUCAGGAGAAAGUGUCUGCUCUCACCACUCAGCUCAGUGCCAACGCUCAUCUUGUGGCUGCGUUUGAGCAGAGUUUGGGAAACAUGACGAUUCGACUCAAGAGCCUCACCCUCACAGCCGAGCAGAAGGACUCUGAGCUGACGGAGCUGAGGAAAACCAUUGAGUUGUUGAAGAAGCAGAACGCUGUGGCUCAGGCUGCUAUUAACGGAGUCAUCAACACCCAGGACCUGAGCAAGGACGGGACAGACAGGAGCAAUGACAGGAGCAACGACAGAAACAACGACAAGAGCAGUGACAGGAACAACGACAGAAGUGUUGGUCAAAAUGGGAGCCCACAGUCACAGACCAAGUCUGAAUCCAGAUCUCAGACCCAGUCCAACCCAAGUCCAGGUCCUGGUCCUAAUUCUGGUUCAAAUCCAAACCAGACCUCGACCCCAGACCUGAGGAUCCGCAGACAGCACUCAUCUGACAGUGUGAGCAGCAUCACCAGUCACUCCAGCAUUGGAUCCAAUAUGGACGCCGACGCACACAACCGCAAGAAGAACAAGAAGAACUGGUUGCGCAGUUCGUUUAAGCACGCGUUCAGUAAAAAGAAGUCUCCAAAGUCGGCCUCAUCUCACUCGGACAUCGAUGAAAUGAGCGACUCUGUUCCUGCUUCGCCACAACUGCAUCACAACGGCCCCGCCCCCUCCGGUCACAUGAUCAGGAAUGCACUCUCCAAUUCGCUACUGUCGGAGUGUCUGGACUCAGAGGCAGAGACGGUGAUGCAGCUACGUUCUGAGCUCAGAGAAAAAGAAAUGAAACUCACCGACAUCAGACUGGAGGCUCUGAGCUCCGCCCACCAACUCGACCAGCUGCGAGAGGCCAUGAACCGCAUGCAGUUGGAGAUCGAGAAACUGAAGAUUGAAAACGACCGCCUGCGUUUGGAGAAUCAGAGCAGCAGAACGGGCUCCCAGGCCUCCAUCUCCUCGUCUCCCCCAGCACAGAGCCUUUCUCUGGGCACAGCGGGGCCUGGAGCUGGGGGUCAGACUAUCAACCUAACCACCAGCGAGUCCACCAGUCUGGACAUGCUUUUGGAUGACACUGGAGAGAGUCUGAGGAAAGAGGGACGUCACGUGAAGAUCUAUGUCACUUUAGAUGAAGAUGCAAAGUGGACUGAGGAUGGGCGAGGGCGCAGCUUUCUGAUUGGCUGUAUCGGAGUGAGCGGGAAAACCAAAUGGGAUGUUCUGGACGGAGUGGUCAGGAGACUUUUUAAGGAGUACAUCAGUCACAUAGACCCAGUGUCUCAGCUGGGUCUGGGCUGUGACAGUGUGGGGGGGUACAGUGUGGGAGACGUCCAUAGACCCAGCUCCUCCACAGACUCUCCCCCUCCAGAGCUGCUCCCCUGUGGGUAUCUGGUGGGAGAGAACAACCACAUCAACAUCCAGCUCAAAGGUGUCUCUUGUGGCAGUGUGGACUCCCUCUCGUUUGACUCUCUCACUCCUAAGCCGAUGGUGCAGCGCUUUGUGUCUCUCUUAAAGGAGCACAGACGCAUCAUUCUGUCUGGGCCCAGUGGAACAGGCAAGACCCACUUGGCCAAUCAGCUCGCUCGAUUCAUGGUGUUACUACAGCAACAACCUCUGACCCCCAACACCAUUGUCACUUUCAAUGUCGACCAUAAAUCCGGAAAGGAGCUGCGUCAGUACCUGUCUGGUCUGGCUGAGCAGUGCAGUGGCUCAGGGGCAGACUGCCCCCUGGUGGUGAUCUUGGAUAACCUGCACCAUGUCAGCUCUUUGGGCGAGAUCUUCAAUGGAGUGUUCAGCUGCAGCUCUCAGCACAGUCCAUACAUCAUUGGAACCAUGAGUCAGGCCACGUCCUCUGCUCCAAAUCUGCAGCUACACCACAACUUCAGGUGGGUGCUGUGUGCAAACCACACUGAGCCAGUGAAGGGCUUCCUGGGCAGAUUUCUCCGGAGGAAGCUCCUGGAGACCGAGAUCCAGAGCCGGACCCGAGACACUGAUCUGGUCCGGAUCGUGGACUGGAUCCCUCGGGUCUGGCACCACCUCAACCGCUUCCUGGAGACGCACAGCUCCUCCGACGUCACCAUCGGCCCCCGUCUGUUCCUAUCCUGUCCCAUGGAUGUGGAAGGGUCUCGGGUUUGGUUCACCGACCUAUGGAACUACUCCAUUAUCCCAUAUAUGCUAGAGGCAGUACGAGAGGGACUACAGCUGUAUGGUCGGAGGGCAGUGUGGGAGGACCCUUGUGCCUGGGUCAUGGACACUUAUCCCUGGGCGUCUGCUCCGUCGGACUGGCCUCCUCUGCUCCAGCUCAGACCAGAGGACGUGGGCUUCGAUGGGUACAGCGCCCCCAGAGAGAGCAGCCGAAAGGAGGCACCACAGAGCGACAGUGAGCCCGACCCCCUGAUGAACAUGUUGCUGCGUCUGAAAGAAGCCGCCACCUCCUCCAGUCCUCAGAGCUACGACAGCGACAGCACCAGUCACCACGACGACCUGCUUGACCAAUCGCUGGAGUCCACACUUUAAAACCGGCCAAUCCCAGCAACCGAAAAUUUAAAGCAACCAAUCACAACACCCACCUCAGCGACAUGCUCAACGAAACGCUGGAGUCCACACUUUAAAACUGACUAAUCUAAGCAGCUUGAAAUUUAAACUGUUUUAAUCAGCCAAUCACACGCAGGAUCUUGUCUUGUCUCUGUUUUGUCAAUGUGUACGAGCAGCAUCUCUACUCCAAGUUCUCGCUGUCUCUCAACUUUACUUCAUGGUCAAAGCUAAAACUAAAAUAAUAAGGUGACACCCUGUGGUCAACUGUGGCUUUAUUUUGGACAAGAUCUGGUUUGGUGCUGGACUUUGGACUUCGUUGUCUUGGUCUAGUCCUGGUUUAGAUCCACAUUCUUCACUGGAGACAAUUGCACGUGUGUUCUUCAACAAGCGUGAUUUGUUAAACAUACAUUGCAAUGAACGAAGAACUGGUCAACUAUCAAGGCGCAAAGCAAGAAGGUUUUGGGUUUGAUUCCCGGAGUAUGUGGGCCUUUCUGUGUGGAGUUUGAACGUUCUACCUGUGUCUGGAUUCGUCUGGGUUCUCCCGUAACCUAGAACAUGCACAAUAAUCCUCCAGCUAGGUCGUCCUAACCACGACCCAGGCUCAGAUCUGGGUUGGCACUGCUUGAAUAAUGGGUCAAAUGCAGAGGGCAGAUUUCCUUUAAACGUCUACCUUACCAAUGGUCCUAUUUUCUAGUUUCUUUGAUUGAAACAGACUUUGAAGCAGGUUUUGAUGGUCCUUCUUUAGUCUUGGUUCAGACCUGGACUUGUUGUGAUCCCAGAGUACAAAUGUUGAACUGUUUUAGACGUUUUUUAAAUAAUAAUACUAGAAAAAGUUAUUUAAGCUCAGAGUUUUGGGUGCAGGUCACCCUCUUUGGAUACAACUGCUGUAAGUUUCACCGCUGUGGCCCUGGAGUCUUUAUAAACCCAAUGAUUUUUACGAAGCGCAUAUUGAAGAUCAUUGCAUCAGAUUUCUAUAAAACUCAUAAACCAGCCAUUUUCAAACAGCAUCGCCCUAACACCAGCCUCCAUCUCUAUACUGCCCCCAUGUGGUCAAACCAAGCAUAUUACUCACACAUCAAAUAUAAUUCCAAUGUUUAAAUGGCCCACAUUGCACUGCUUUCUGUUAUAACGUUGUUUCCCCCAUCAAAAACAUAUCAUUUGGGCUGAGUACUCUCAAAUGGAAAAACACUCGUUCCACCUUGUGAUGUCAUGUGGUAAUACAGGAAGUGCUCUAUUGAGUUUUUAAACUUCAUACGCCUUCACGAGAAUCAUUUGGAUAAUAUCAACCCUGGAAAUGCCAAUCUCAACUGAACUAAAGCUAAAAGGUAGUUAACUUGAAAACUACCACUAAAUGACAUCACUAGGUGGAACAGAGCAUUUUGAGCUUUGGAGAUGUAGCUAGACUAAUAAGUGCAGAGUUACUUAAACAGUGUCAGUGAAGGUUUGUUUUUGUGGUGGUAACAACAUUAUAACAUGGCUAAAAGCUCAAAAGAAUAGAUUUUGUUUUAUAUAGGACCUUUACGUUUUAGAUUUAUGUAAUAACUGUGAAAUUUACCAGGUGGAUCAGUAAACUUUGUGGAAGAUGAACUUUCUGUUUUGAACAGCACAUUGAUCACAUACUUUAACACUGAGGCACAAGUAUUGAUCAGACAAGCACAAGUUAGUUCCAAAUAGAAGCACACAGAGCCUAAAGCACAGGUGUAAAACAUUACAAUGUGUUUUUAAGAGGGGGUAUUACACUUCUAUGGGGUACUUUUUGACACCCUCACUUUGCUCCCUGUGCUAAGUCACUCCCCAUUCAGAGUGACAUCACAACACAAUCAGCUCGUGGGAGCAUGAGUGGCAUUGGUGACGUAGACUCAUGGGCGGAGUCCUAUGCAGGCCCGUACUGUUAAUCAUAAGAAGGGUUUGAAUAGUGCCCAAGAGAGAUCGCUAGAUUAUUCAAACAUGCAUGGAUGACAUAAAACCUCUUCAGGCAUGUUUCUGAUGAGAGAACAACAUUAUAACAUGGUAGAAAGCUCCAAAAAGUGAAUCUUGCAUAGUACCCCUCUUUAAUUAGGUACUGCAAAGUUGUCUAAUUUUAAUUAUAAUAAUAUAUCAAACGUAUGAAUUUGUGUCAGUAAUAUGCUUCUGUAUUAAAACAUUUCGUCAUAUCCCUUGUUAAAGCACAUAUCAAGCUGUUUUGACUUUUCUCCAUGUUUCACACAUGUUUUGUCCCACGCAGGCUCCCGUAGCACACUCUAAAACUCUAAAACUAUCUCUGUGCUGAACAGACUUUGCCUUAUUUUAAACAACGUGCUUUAUGUCUCUGAACAGGGCUCCACUUUGUACAUGUAAAAAACACAUUUAUAAUUAUUAACAUUAUAAAGUCUAAUAUAGUGAUGUUUCUACUGAGCUGAGGGGUGCACUGCAAAAAACACACUUCUAAAUGAGUUCAAAAGACUUGAAAGGGAAAGACUGAUUUUGUUUUGACCAAAAUGUAUUUACUAACCUAGAUACUUGAAGGCGUUUCUUACAUAAUAUGUAUUCACAAUGAUUUUCUAGACACUCAAAGAUAAAAAUAGGAUAUAAGUAUAUAUAUAUGAAAAACUUAAAGCCACAAACCUGACAUUACUUGGGCUCCUUCUGCUUGUUUCCAUGGAAAUGUUCUUUUGGCUAUAAUCUUCCACAGUACGGCUUAAAACUCAUCCAUCUCCUUGGUCUUUAGUGAUGUUACCAACUACUGGAAAUUGUAGAUGCCACUGGAGGCAGCACAAACUUAUAUUUAGGUGUUUUUGACCAGAAAGCUACAAAGUUGCCAAAAAAUAA